AUGUCCGUGAUUGCCGCCUUUCGCAAGGGCCAGUAUCCUCUCCUCAAGGGCAAGUACCCUGCGAAGGACCAUGCCAGGCGGGUGGCCGAUCAGAUCCAGGCUUCUGGCUUUGGCUCUGAUGGGGUCAUCUACCUUGAAUCUCAGAAGACUCGCCUGAUCGAAGACAAUGACACCCCACAGAAGUUCAGACAGCGUCGAUAUUUUUUCUACCUCUCUGGCUGCGAACUCUCUGACAGCUGCCUCAUUUACGACAUGGCAACAACCGAACUUACACUGUUUGUACCACCUACCGAGCCCGAAGAAGUUGUCUGGUCAGGCCUUCCGCUCUCCACAUCGGAGGCACUUGAGAGAUACGACAUAGAUAAAGCUCUUCCAACUACGGAGCUCAAUGUCACACUUGCUUCGUAUACAAACUCGAAAAAGCCCAUGACUGUUUUUGCGAUUCCCGAACAAGUUUCCGAGGACGUGACGUUUCUCGGGUUUGCGAAUACCGAGUUCUGCAUACUGAAGAAGGCCAUUGAAGAGCAACGUGUCACCAAGGACAUGUACGAGAUUUCUCUCAUUGCGAAAGCGAACGCGGUGUCCACCCUGGCACACAAAGCUGUCCUCGACCAAGUAAAAACAGCCUCAAACGAGCGAGAGCUUGAAGCUACCUUCGUUGCUAAGUGCAUAGCACAUGGCUGCAAAGAUCAAGCCUAUCCAUCCAUAGUGGCCAGUGGGACCAAUGCAGCAACUCUACACUAUGUCAAGAAUGAUGAACCUCUCCGGGACCGACUGAAUGUUCUUCUAGAUGCAGGUGGCGAGUAUAGAUGUUACGCAUCAGACGUUACCAGGACUUUUCCUAUUUCUGGCAGCUUCACCAAGGAGUCACAAGUCAUCUAUGAUAUUGUUGACGAAAUGCAAUCGUCCUGCUUUCAAAUGCUGAAAGCUGGUGUCUUAUGGGAGGACGUGCACAUGAAUGCCCAUAGAGUGGCCAUCAAGGGCUUAAAAGCUGCAGGGCUUCUAAAGGGAGACGACCAAGAAAUCUUUGAUUCACGUGUGAGUGUGGCAUUCUUUCCUCAUGGACUUGGGCACUACCUUGGGAUGGACACACACGACACUGGUGGCAAAGCGAAUUAUGCAGACCCAGAUAUGAUAUUUAGAUAUCUCCGAGUUCGUGGACAGUUACCAGAAAAUAGUGUUAUCACAGUGGAACCCGGGAUAUACUUCUGCAAAUUCAUCAUCGAUCCGUAUUUGAAAAAUCCAGAGCUAAGCAAAUACAUCGAUCAAGACGUCCUCCAGCGCUUCUGGGAUGUUGGAGGUGUAAGGAUUGAGGAUAAUAUCUGGAUCACUAAAGAUGGGUACGAGAACCUGACAACAGCGCCAAAGUUGUGA